CCAGUUAUUCAUUCUGUGGAAACACCGAAAGACAAACGCAACAAGAAUGGCAGAGACUGCUCCAGCCCCCGCUGCCGCACCGGCAAAAUCACCCAAGAAGAAGGCACCCAGGCCCAAGAAGACUGGCCCAAGUGUCGGCGAGUUGAUUGUGAAAGCAAUCGCUGCCUCCAAGGAGAAGAAGGGAGUGUCCCUUGCCGCUCUGAAGAAGGCGCUCGCAGCUGGUGGAUACGAUGUGGAGAAGAACAAGGCUCGCGUCAAAGUGGCAGUCAGAUCACUGGUCACCAAAGGCACACUUGUUCACACCAAAGGAGUCGGUGCGUCCGGAUCCUUCAAGUUAGCCAAGAAGGCGGCAGAGCCCAAGAAGAAGGCAGUCAAGAAGCCAGCGGCCAAAAAGCCAGCUGCCAAGAAGCCCAAGAAGGCAGCAGCCAAAAAGCCAGCCGCCGCAGCCAAGAAGGCCACCAAGAGCCCGAAGAAGGCUAAGAAGCCCGCCGCCCCCAAGAAGGCUACCAAGAGCCCCAAGAAGGCAAAGAAGCCCGCAGCUCCCAAGAAGGCAGCAAAGAGCCCGAAGAAGGCUAAGGCAGCCAAGCCCAAGGUAGUUAAACCUAAAGCAGCUAAGCCCAAGAAGGCAGCACCUAAGAAGGCAGCCCCCAAGAAGAAGUAA